AUGAAAAUAGUCCUGGUUUUCCUAUCGGUCAACAUUUUUUGGCUCUUCAAGCAUCCAGAUAUCGCUUACGCGCUGCUACAACCGCUUACCCACUUGAACAACUUGUUGACUCCGAAUAGCACUGCGACACUGGCGUUCGAGAACGUCGAUCUGAGCUACGGGCGCUGGGACAAUCAGCAGCUGUAUCGGGUCAAGGACUUUGCCCUAGUGGGUGAGCAGUUCAUGGACUCGCCGGAGGCCAAUCUGGUCUGCCUGGCCACGCAGACCUCGGUGGAGCGUCUCAACUCGCUGCCGCAGGUGGCUACCAAUUGGCAGGGUAAAAUGUCAGUGGCCGUGUUUGCCGCUGGACAUGAAGAGUUCGUUGUGCUGCAGUACUUCGUUACAUAUAUGCGACUUUGCUUCGCCAACAUUCGGGAGAAUGCCACCUUUCACUUGCUGACACCGCGGGAUUACGACAGGCUGCCUAGAGUGGCUGCCAUUCCUUUAAAUAUGAAGGGCAAAUUUGAUUGCCAGUAUCCGGAUAGGACGCUAAAGGCAUUGCUCAAGUUUCGGUCGUUGAGAACGCUGCAGUGGCGGCAAAGAAACAUAUAUCCCCAGAACCACAUGCGGAACCUGGCUCGUAAGGGCUGUCAGACGAAGUACGUCUUUCUGACCGACAUCGACAUUGUUCCCAGCACAAACAGUGUCCCUCAGCUCAACCAGUUCUUCAGAACGGCAAAUUGCUCAAAAAGCUGCGCUUACGUUAUACCCACGUUCGAGAUAGAUGUGCGGGCUACGUUUCCGCGCUCGAAGAACGGGCUGCUGCGUUUGAUUAGAAAAGGUUUGGCCAGGCCGUUUCACGAGAAGGUCUUUAUCUACAACCAAUAUGCCACCAAUUUCUCAAAAUGGCUGUCGACAAGCACAAAUGACACAGAGGUCUCUGUUAGCCAUAUCGUAACAAACUUUGAAUUCCUAUACGAACCGUUCUACAUAGCGGUGGAUAAUGCUCCUGCGCAUGACGAAAGAUUUCUUGGCUACGGAUUUACCAGGAAUUCCCAGGUGUACGAGAUGCAUAUAGCGGGAUACCAGUUUUACGUUCUGUCCCCCGUUUUCACUGGUCACUGGGGUCUGCAAAGGAAGCAGGCGAGACCGGCUUGGCGAGAGCAGCAAAAUAAUGCUAAUCGCAGAAAGUUUGAUGUUUUCAAGAGCGAAAUAUUUGUGCGAUACAAAAAUGAUCCACGCCAGCUACUGAAGGCGAAGAAAAAUCAAAUUAUAGUGAAAUAA